GAUGUUUGUCAGGUGAGGCGGUCAGAGUCCGCCGGUGACGUCACGCCGGUGAUCGGUGAGCUCGCGGAAUGCGGAAGCGGGACUCAUUACAGCUUGACAGGUGUCGUAGCAGGUCAUUUGGAAGAGACAAACAUGUGGCCAAAUCAAGGACCUCCAGCCGCUGGGCCGCCCAAUCCUGCCUUUCCUUCUCCUCCAAACCCAGUGUACCCAGCCAUGCCCAUCCCAUCCGGCCCGCCCGGACCCAACCCCGUCUAUCCACCCAUGAACCAUCCCACGACCAUCCCGUACCCCGCGCCCAACCAGCCGUUCCCCCCGGCGGGGCCCUUCCCCGGGGCCGCUCACCCCUGCCCCAUCCCUCAGUACGGGGCCCACCCCGCGGGAGUCCAUGCACCUGGACACAAGAAACACAAGAAGAUGAAGAAAGGCCAUAAAGCUCAUAAAGCUCACAAGGAGCACAAACACAUGAAACAUGGCAAGCAUUCCUCAUCCAGCAGCAGCAGCAGCAGCAGUGAUUCUGACUGAAGACAAGCACGCACACACAACCUGCUCUCUGUCUGCGUCUGAUCUCACGAGUGUCAGGGCUGAUAAAUCAAGCCCAGCGGCUAUACAAUCCAUAAUCAAAUGCAGUAAUGUAUUGCACUUAAGUAUAUUUAUGUGUUUCUGUGAGUCUGAAUGCUUUUGUUAAUUACAUUUACAAGAAAAAAGUAAUAAUCAGCUUUCCAUGUGAAGAGAUCACAUUUAAUUAUAACUUUUGCUGAACUUGACUCAGUUGUGAACAACAUACUGAAAUGUCAGACAUCUGCCUCCAUUUGAGAAUGGACAACUGUAAUUAAACAAGCUCACUUCGUUUAUGCAUUAAGGAGAAAAGUCCCAGAUAGCACACAUACAUACGUCUGCAAGACGUCUGGAAAACAUCUGCUGUGCACAAACAUCUGAUAAACGUCUUUAAAAAGUCAGUUUUACAUACAUUCUAAAUCAUAAACAUCUUAAAUAACGUCUUUAACAUCUGACAGGAGAAGUCCCAGAAAGUAUUGCAGAUGAGCAGAUGUAAACACACACCUGGAAUAGACGUCUCUGAGUUAUGUGUGCUAUCAGGCCUGCUUCUUCCUCUCUUGUGUUCAUUAAAAAGUUAAACAAUUAAAAAGUAUAUGCUUUGGCCUGGAUACAUUUAGUUUUAACUGAGGAAGCUUCAGACACAACACCUGUAGUGUAAUGUUUCUUUGCACUACCUGAAGCAGUAAAUAUGUAUUGAUCAAAGUUAAUAAUCAGGAAUUGAUGAAGCUGAAAUAGAUAUUGUAGUUAAUAUAGACAUGAGUAUUCUGCAAGUGAUGUAUUUCAGAUUUAAUCAACUGUAAACUCACUUUAAAUGGCUUUAACUGUGUGUGCUGAGAAAUCAGUUGCAUGUUUUUGUUGGCUAAUGAAGCACAGGCAGUUUUUCAAUGAAUAAAACAUUAAGAGAAAGCUUGAAACAUCUACCAGUUAUAUUCAUUAUUGUGUGCUAAAUUAAUGUUUUAAUAACAAUGCAAUUACUUUGUCAACAAAUUUUGGGAUUUGCACAGCUCAGCAUUAAGAUAUCUCCUGAAUGCCCUAGUAAACCAGUACAGUGUGUUAUUAAGAGCA